UUGCACUCUUCUAGCAAUGGCCACCGUUCCACCAUUAAUAGACAGUACUAGAGUACUAGUAAUUAGAGAGGUUGCGUAUAAAACCCUAAUUCUAAAUCCAUUUAAGAAACUGAAAAUUUAUCAAAAUUUAAUGAUUUCAAGGAAGAUGAUCAUGGAUUUCGCGUAGGAUUCACGUUUACGCAGUAAGAUUAGCGGAGCUCGAGGAAUUUGUGUUCCACAUUCAGUGCUUCAGUUGGAUCACAGUUGCUGAGUUUUGGAGAGCAAUUCAAGUUUUUCUUCAUUUCUUGUGUAAUCCAGAAGCAAGCAUGAAUGCUUUAGCAGCAACCAACAGAAACUUUAAGUUAGCAGCUAGGCUGCUUGGCUUGGACUCCAAGCUUGAGAAGAGUUUGCUUAUUCCAUUCAGAGAAAUCAAGGUUGAAUGUACCAUACCAAAAGAUGAUGGGAGUUUGGCAUCUUUUGUCGGGUUUAGGGUUCAACAUGAUAAUGCUAGAGGUCCCAUGAAGGGAGGAAUUAGAUACCAUCCAGAGGUUGACCCAGAUGAGGUGAAUGCAUUAGCACAGCUGAUGACAUGGAAGACAGCAGUGGCAAACAUCCCUUAUGGUGGUGCUAAAGGUGGAAUAGGCUGCAGUCCAGGGGAUUUAAGCAUCUCCGAAUUAGAGCGACUUACUCGAGUUUUCACUCAAAAGAUUCAUGACCUCAUUGGAAUUCACACCGAUGUGCCUGCUCCUGAUAUGGGAACUGGUCCUCAGACUAUGGCAUGGAUACUAGAUGAGUACUCGAAAUUUCAUGGUUAUUCGCCUGCAGUUGUGACUGGAAAGCCGAUUGAUCUAGGUGGGUCAUUAGGCAGAGAUGCUGCCACUGGAAGAGGAGUCCUCUUUGCAACAGAAGCUUUGCUUAAUGAGCACGGCAAGUCCAUAUCCGGACAGCGAUUCGUCAUACAGGGUUUUGGUAAUGUGGGUUCCUGGGCUGCUCAGCUAAUCGAUGAGCAAGGUGGCAAGAUUGUUGCUGUAAGUGACAUUACGGGCGCUAUAAAGAAUAAAAAUGGAAUUGAUAUUCCAACUCUACUCAAACAUACUAAAGAGCACAAAGGUGUGAAAGGAUUUCACGGUGCAGAUCCGAUCGAUCCCAACUCAAUAUUAGUUGAGGACUGUGAUAUUCUCAUUCCGGCAGCUCUUGGUGGUGUCAUCAACAGAGAGAAUGCAAAUGAAAUAAAAGCCAAAUUCAUCAUUGAAGCUGCUAACCAUCCUACCGAUCCAGAUGCUGACGAGAUUUUGUCGAAAAAAGGAGUUGUAAUUCUUCCAGACAUAUAUGCAAACUCUGGAGGAGUUACAGUUAGUUAUUUUGAGUGGGUGCAGAACAUACAAGGAUUCAUGUGGGAUGAGGAGAAAGUAAACAAUGAGCUCAAGACUUAUAUGACUAGAGGUUUUAAAGAUGUGAAGGAGAUGUGUAAGACCCACAAUUGCGAUCUUCGUAUGGGAGCCUUCACUCUCGGAGUUAAUCGCGUUGCGCGAGCUACGGUUCUUAGAGGUUGGGAAGCAUAAGGCAGCUUCUCCUUCAGAAUAAAGAUGGAGGCUUCCAUUCGGCUCCUAUCAUUUUAGAAUAAUUAUUCCAACAAUAUAGAGGAAUGCCUGAAAUUCUAUCAUUCAGAGUAGCAGAAGCAUUAGAUUGCUCUUACUCAUAAUGAAACUUUUGUGUGUAAUUUUGCUGUAAAAAGCUAGUAUUCAUACCAUUUCAUUCAGCUCAA